AUUCCUUAGCACAAAAUCAAUAACACGUUCAUUCUUCCAACCAGAAAGAGGUACCGCUCGCUACGUACCAUUCCUUCUUUCUUAAGUUGGUUCUUUCAAUUAAACAUCAGGUACAUGAUGAUCUCUACAUGGAGAAAGCGAAGAGCAGCACGACUAGCUGGCAAGCAGCGGCUAGAGAGCGAAACGGGAGACAUUGAGGUGACAGUACCGAACCAUUUUCGAUGCCCGGUAUCGCUAGACUUGAUGAAAGAUCCGGUCACCAUGUCAAGUGGGAUUACUUAUGAUCGUGAGAGCGUUGAGAAGUGGAUAGAGGCUGGCAAUGUGACCUGCCCCAUAACAAACAAGGUCUUGAGGAGCCUUGAUCCGAUACCAAAUCACACAAUACGUAAAAUGAUUCAGGACUGGUGCGUUGCGAAUAGUUCUUAUGGGAUUGAAAGGAUUCCAACGCCUAGAAUUCCUGUGAGUUCUGAGGAGGUUUUGGAGAUUCAUUCCAAAAUUAAAACAGCUUGUAGAAAAGGAGAUCAAGCUGGGUGCCAAAAUCUGGUUGCCAAGAUUAAGGCACUAGCAAAGGAGAGCGAACGUAACAGGAGGUGCCUUGUGGCUACUGGAACGGCUGGUGUUUUGUCAUCUGCUUUUGAAGAGUUUUCAAAAGCUUCUUUCAAUGAUAACGUUGCAGUCUUGGAGGAAAUACUGUCAGGUUUGGCGGUACUUUUGCCUCAUGACAAGGCCACGACUUACCUUGGCUCAGAUGCAUCUAUGGAUUGCGUUGUGUGGUUCUUGAAAAGUGAGGAUUUGUCUACGAGAAGAAAUGCAGUCCUGGUGCUAAAAGAGCUCGUUCCAUUGGAUAAUAGAAAAGUAGACACGUUAUUAGAAAUUGAAGGAACCAUGGAAGCUCUGUUUAAGCUAAUUAAGGCACCCAUUUGCCCGUCUGCAACAAAAGCUUCAUUGCUGAUCAUUUAUCAUAUGGUCAUGUCGUCGUCUCCAACAAAUGCGAAGAUCAUAGAUAAGUUUGUUGAUUUGGGUUUGGUUUCAUUGCUGCUAGAAAUGCUUGUAGACGCGGAAAGAAGUAUAUGUGAGAAGGCGUUGGGGGUUCUUGAUGGAAUUUGUGACAGGGAUCAAGGGAGAGAGAAGGCAUACAAUCAUGCUCUCACAAUACCAGUUCUAGUCAGGAAAAUACACCGAGUCUCAGACUUAGCAAUGAAGUUCUCCGUCUCUAUUUUAUUUAAGCUCUGCAUGAAUGAGAAGAGAGGAAAUGGCGGUGUUCUUGUGGAAGCUAUUCAAAGAAAUGCUUUUGAAAAGCUUUUGGUUCUCUUACAGGUUGGCUGUGAUGAGAGAACAAGGGAGAAGGCAACUCAGCUGUUGAAGUUGUUGAAUGUUUAUAGAGGCAGAGUGGAUUGUAUUGAUUCUGUGGAUUUCAAGAACCUCAAGAGGCCCUUCUAAAUCAAGGCAACAGCCAGUAUAGUAGUUUUGUAGACGAGGGUGUUAGGAUCUACAUUUGAUCAUGAUAUACAGCUUCAUGUGCAAAAUACAAAAAUCUUACUGUAAAUAAUUAAUUAUAGCAUUCUAGAUUUUGGCCCAAA